ACUGCCUUUUCCAUCUUCCUUCCAUAUAUCCUCCACCCAGAAUGCCAUCUACGAUCAAUCGUGAAUCCAUUUCCACCUCAAAACCCUUAAAUCCAUUUUCCAACGCCAUAAGAAUCGACUGAUGUACCGCCUUGAGCUCUGCCUCCAUAGCCGAGGAUGCAGUUAGGGGAAAACAGAAAGCCAACGCGAAAUCCCCUGACCGAGAUCUGAUUACACCACCACCAGCAGCUCGGUUGUCCGUGAAGGCUGCAUCCACACUCAAUUUGAAAUCUAAAGAAGGCAUGGCUAAAAGAGAAGAUGGUAUUCCUUGUUCUUCUGACCUGUUCAUAGGCUGAAGCUAAAGUGAAAAUGCCAGAGCUUUCAGGGAUGAACCAAGAUACCUCAUAGGCAGGUUGUUCUUAUUCAUACCCAGAAUUCUCUCCAUGUUCCUGAUUCUAGAAUGGUAUCAACAUCCUGGAUCUCCUCUUCCGCAAAAAUAUCUUCAAAAUAUUGAACUGCAGCUUUGCCAAUAUCAUCAGUCUUAAUACACAGAUUUCCAUAAGAGUCUUUAAUGGCAGAUAAGUGUUGCAUUCUUCUCUUCACAUUCACGUAGGCAUGAUAAUACCUGGUAUUUGAGUCACCCUCUUUUAGCCACUUCAAACGAGCUCUUUGCUUCCAAAAUUCAUUCUCCUGUUUGUAUUUAUUGAGCAAAAGAGCUUGUUUAUAAGACCAGUUCUCCUUGUUAUCCUCAGUUGUAUUAGUUUCAUAUAAGGCUUCAGCCUCAGCUACCUCAAACUCCAGUUUCUGAAUGUCAUGGAAUAUAUUCCCAAAAGAAUCUUUAUUCCAUAAUCUGAGAACCUGUUUAAGAGACUUUAGUUUGUUACAUAAGCCUCUCAUACCUCCAGAAGUUGGAAAUGACCUCCAUGCAUCUUCGACAACUCCAAGGAAAUUGGCAUGUGAAAUCCACAUAUUUUGGAACUUAAAAGGUUUAGGCCCCACCACUAAUUGGUUUUUACAUUGCAGGAGGAUUGGAGAGUGAUCAGAACAUGUCUUGUUGAGAUGUUUAAUAUAAAUGCUAUCAUAGAUUCCCAAGAAAGAGGGAUUAAAGAGAGUUCUGUCCAGCCUACGCCAAACCCUUCCAUUAGCUCUAACCCCAGACCAAGUAAAUUUAGAUCCAUGGAAAGGUUUGCUAGAAGAUCUGCAUCAGCCUUCUCAUUGGGAACUUGUGAAAGCAAUGCCCUCACCUUCCUGGUUGUUGUGCACUACUUCUCACUACUUCAUCUGCUACUUUGGUGACUCUUGAACUUACAACAAUGUCAGUUGAAGUCUUGGUAAACGAUGUAAAACCCAACACCUACCAAUGGACCUGUCGUCUCACCUUGAUUGAAAAACAAAACAUACGCACAGCGAAGACGUCACCAAUGAAGUUCAUGCCGAUGAUAUUGCAGGACUCUACUGGAACCAAAGUCCAGGCCACUGCAUUCCAGGGUGAUAUAGAAGGGAUUGAUCAACGUCUUUCCGUGUACUCCACGUACCUCAUCUCGAACGCUUAUGUGAAACCUGUGACUCAAAUGCGCUACUGCAUUGACGUUAACUACCCUUAUGUAUGGUCAUUCAAUCGGCGAACCCUGAUACAAGAUGUCGAUGCACCAGAAGGGGUUGAUUUUCGUGAGAUUGCUGAAUCAGAAACUGCAGCAUUCCGCGAUAUCUUUGACAGUUAUCAACAUGCCACACGUAUCAAUAUCUUGGGUGCAAUUGUAAAGAAAUUACCCCGCACCUUUAUUGUUUCCGAUGGGAAACAGCGGACUGCUUGGGAUGUUGUUGUUAUAAACGAAGAGUGCAUCCCUCUCCCAUUUACUAUGUGGGAGGAAUUUGUCAGCAAGCAUGGUGGUGAAAUCGAAAAGCUUCUGAACUCGGGUGGUUACCCCCUUGUCCUCAUCAACAGGGUUGCGAUCAACCUAUUCCAAGGUCUAGCGUUGUCUACUAGAUAUGACUGCCACAUGGAACUCAACCCUGACGGCGCUCGUGCUCUGUCAUUAAAAAAAUGGGUGGAUGGGAAUGCAAUCAAGAUUGCCACAUUGGUGCAGGAUAAAGCGUACAAUGAUGCACUUUCAAUCAUUUCAAAGCCUCUUGCGCAACCACGAAGCACCCUUUCAGGCUUAGAAACUGGAUUACUUGAGGUUAUUGUUGUAUGGGUAUUAGGAAAGUUUAGUUUGGUUGAUACCUCCCAAGAGUUCUUCUACAUUGGUUGUAACUACUGCAAUCGCAGAGUCUACGGUCCUGAAGGCAUAACUUUCCAAUGUCUGUUCUGUGGGCAAAAGCUCGGCACAACUACGAAGCGAUUCAGGCUUGAUGCUUACCUCACUGAUAGCACCGCUUCCAUUGCCGUCACACUUUUCACCAAUGACAUACUUGCCUUUUUUAAGUAUGCAUGCAUGGACCCUAAUGUAGCCACAAACUUGGAAGACUUUGACGCAAAAUUGCAAACACUGAACAUUGUGGCUGGCAUAAAACACUCAAAGCCCAAUGAGGAAGGAAUUCAAACAAACCCUCACACUGUUGUCUUUGUCUCCCAAGAAUUACCCACCCUGGCUGCCUCCCCUCCUAUUACCAGUCCCCCACCACUCUCAUCCUAUGCAACCUCUUCUCAAGCUAAACGAAAACUAGAUUUCGAAUCACCUACUGACCUACCUCCCGAAUGCUCUGCUAUUUCUACUCUUCCGGUACACCAUGAGGCUGAGACUGAAGAAUCACUGGGAAAUCUGCGUGGCAAAAGAACUAAGGAUGGCAACACUUGAACCCCAACAAAUGCUAUGGUUUGCUACAUCGAAAAAAAUGCUAUUACAAUAGUAUGCACAUAUUUGUAAAUUAGUGCACGGGCAACACAUCAAACUUUAGUAAGCCCAUCUGUUUUGCUCAAACUCAUGGUCUGUAUAAUAGGUAGAAAAUAAGAGUUUCUGACUAACAUUACUUGCUGCCAAAUGAUGCAUGUACAUCUUUGUUUUUGCACAAACUGGGCUAUUGGCUCCUACUUUGCAGGUUUAAGGGAUUAUGCUGUAUAUUAGCUGUUUUUGACAAACGGUUUUACCCCAGUCUUUGGCUCUAUGAAUGUUAUGUCCUUGUAGAU